AUGACUGCACCAAUGCCACCACUUCGUCUUAUUGCUGAACCUAAAUCAUCGUAUCGCGAACGAUAUAUGUGUGAAACAGAUCGUCGUCGAAAUCGAGCUCAACGCUUCGUUCGCGCCGAUAGUAACAAUCCAUACCAAUUUGUUUAUCCAACGGUUGAAAUUCCAACGGAAUGGACUGAUAAACUUCACCAUUCUUUACACAUUCGUUUAACUCUUGUUACUGUUCCGAACGAAAGAGCACCUGUUAGAUGUGUACAUCCUUAUCCUAUUGAUACAGAAGACACGAAUGUGAUCAAAGAUCCAUCGUCCAAUGCUCUUUAUUUUCCAGUAUCAUACGAUGAGUUGCGUAGCGGUCGGAAAAGCUUUCAAUUCACUCAGAAAAAACUGACUAAAUAUCAAUUAAGAAAUCAUGGAGCAUUGAGACUAUUCAAUUCGGAUGAAAAAGAUAAUGAUCGUCUUCAAGAUCCAACAGAUGUUAGAAGAUUCAUUGAAAUUUAUGAAUUGAAAAAGUCACAAUUAGUUUUCUCAAUAGCUACUAUUCAAGCUAAUACACAACUACCAGUUAUUUACGAUAUUUCCUCUGUAUUUUCACAUGUAAUGACUGCGAUUACAGCACCAAUGAACGAUGAAGAUAUUGGGUUUCGAUGUUCACCGAAAAAAGGCGAUUGCAAAGGUGGAGACGAAAUCAUCAUGGUUAUUCCGAAAAUUGACAGAAGAAAAUCACUUACUGUUUGCUUUGAGCAUCCUUCAAUUAAUUCACGAUGCAACGUUAGUUUGGAAUUUCUCGAUACAAGAACUAUAUUAUUUUAUUCACCACCAUGUCCAUUGAUGCUGACGAUAGAUAAUCCAACAGUUUCAAUUCCGAUUGUUGUCACUCAAAAUAGUGCAGUAAUUGCACACGUUGAUUUUAUUUAUCAAUCAUUGAAUAGAUGUGUAGUUUGUGAUUCAAACUUCAUUUUAACAAAUUCAAAUUCAGCAUCUUAUAAAAAACGAUUAUUGACAGAACUUGAUGAAGUUGACGCAAUCAGAUUUAGUGAAGCAGGACUUGAUCGACAGAAAAAAAGCGAAUUUGACCAUUCUCACAUACGAAAUUAUAUAAUCAAAGCAAAAAAAUCGAUACCUCUGAAAUUAGAUAUUCAGUAUCCAUUAUUAGAUAAUGCUAUGUGUAAAAGAAGCAUUGAUUCAGCGUUUAAUUUAGUCCAGACAACGAAUAAUUAUUUUGAUCAAAAAGAUGAUCCUAUUGAAAUUUCACUAUUAAAUGAUUCAACGCUUAAUCAAAAUAAAUCGAACGAAACAAUGUUCAGAAAACGAACUAAAACGGCGAACCAAGUUACAAACAAAGGAAAUAAUUUAUUACGUGUGAUAGCAAAUGUAUCUAAAGAUCAUUCUAGAGAGACCAAUGGAAGUUCAACAUCAUUAAGCGAUGACGAAAUGAACUAUUUUAUGUCAAAAAGUUAA